AGAGUGACCCCGGUCGAUGUUUAGUUUGGUGCUUUUAUCGUCACAUAUUGUCGAUCGAGGCCAGUCAGUGUAAUUUGCCGUGGAAUUGCAAGAGCCUGUACUCCUCGUAACUUCGAGAACUAAGCCCGAGAGUGUCUGCUUCGAGUCGGUGUGAACGCAAAUCAUCUUUUAAUUUUAGUUGGAGAUCGAGGCGGUCUGAAUACACCAGUUGAUUAUGAGUGUAGAUACAGGAGCUCCUCCGCCAAAGGCAACCCAGGGAAAUGAAGACAUUGCUGACACACCAAGUGAGUUCCUUGUCGAAUUUCUCACUCAACUGAAGGCGACCACCUCAGAAAAUGCGCCCGAGACCACACGUACCCUAGUUAAUCAGUCCCUAGAGCUUGCCACAGGUUUGCUGACAUAUCCUCUCGCAAUGAGCAGUGGUGUCAGCAAAGAUGCCCAGCUGCUUGCCAAUGAGACCAAGGCAAUUGAUUUCGAAGUACUUUACAAUGAAGGCAAAACUGGAUCAUUUAAGUUCUUCAAAGAAAUGUCAUCAGAUCUUUUACAAGGUCAGAUUUUAAAGAUGAUGGUUCGUAUGACCGGAGCAAAGAAAGUUCUAGAAAUCGGUACAUUCACUGGUUUUGCAGCUCUCAACAUGGCGGAGGGGUUGCCUAGCGACGGUAAACUUGUUACAAUGGAAUUACUCCCAUUCUUUGCUCAGUUUGCAAGAGAUUUCUUCUCUCGUACACCGACUGGAUCAAAGAUAACUGUCCAAGAAGGCUCUGCAAUUGAUCUGCUGAAAAACUUAGCUGAGAAACGUGAAUCUUUUGAUCUGAUCUUCAUUGACGCAGCUAAAAAAGAUUACAAAGAUUAUCUUCAGAUUAUCCUUGAUAGCAAUAUACUCGCUCCAGGCGGGACGAUGUUGUUUGAUAACACGAUCUUCAAAGGGGCGACAUUCAUGGAAAAUUUCCCAAAUGCUGCUUUCGCAAGGGGCGGGCCCGGCGUCCACAAUUUCAACAAGAUAUUACAAAAUGAAACACGUGUUGAGCAGGUCGUUUUACCAAUAAGCGAUGGGGUUACGAUUGUACGCCGAAUAGGAGAAUAACACCGAGAAUAUAAUAACAAGCAGUCUGGUUGGUAUACCUCGUGACAGGACUGAAGGAACCACCGAUGGAACGAAACAAUAUUAAGAUCUGUUGUGAAGAUGUCUUGUCAUCUGCACUUUCGCACCGUUUUUAUUUUCUUGGUCUUCACAAGGUCACACGGGCCUAACUACAACUGGCAGGCCAAAGAUAGUCAUUCGAGCCAACCCAUAGUUAAUUUUUGAAUUUGAUAUUGCUGGUUGACAAAAAUGAAU